AUGCGCACCAAGCACCUCAUCCCUAACAACGCCGCCGGACUCACCUACGCGGCGCGCGACUACUCCGCCCGCGAGGAUUACGGCGGGGGCGACGGAGCCGCUGGCGGCGGCGGCGGCAGCGGCAGCGACCCGUUCGAGGGGUUUCCCGACGCGGUGCUGGGGCUGAUCGUGUCCAAGCUGCCCUUCCGGUCCGCGGUCGCGGCCUCGGCCAUCUCGCGCCGGUGGCGCGGCGCUGUCGCCGCUGCGCCCGCACUGGACCUCGACUUCGCCGCGGCGUUCCCCGCCGCACCGCGCCGCAGGGCGGCGUUCGCGGCCGCCGUCUCCGCCGCACCCGCUCCACCGCCUCCGCCUCGCACUCGAGGGCCUCUUCGACCAGGCGUUCGCCGCCUCCGCGGCCGCGGCGCGCGGCGUCGAGCGGAGCUCCGCAACCUGAUCCUUGAACAAUGCCGCAUCGGUGCUCUCCGACUUACCGGUCCGUCGCGGCUUUCCUCGCUCGCGAUCACGGACUGUUCUUGGACGCAGGAGUCGGCUCUUGCUGUUUUUGAGAUGUCGGAGCUGCGCAUACUCCACUACUCCGGUGCAAUAGCAGCUAGGCACAUUAUUGAUGGGGACGUUUCUUUGGACGACGUCCUCCUUGCCAUCGAGAAGCCAUUGGUCAAGCCCCGGGAGGCUGCUCUCAGAGAGCUUCUCACUUUGGUUGGCAAUGCACGAAGACUUGUUCUGUCACCCUGGUGCAUUGAGCCAUCGCAGGGCAAAUGGAGGCGGAAUAUUGACGACGGAGAAUGUCAUGGUGUGCUGGGUGGUAAGAGGGUGUCGGUGAAGCAUCUAAAGGUUGUUAGGAUGAAGUACAUUGAUGAGAGCAAAAGUGGUUUUGAACUGGUAAAGGUCCUGCUCAAGAACGCCCCUGCACUGGAGACGAUGACAAUUGUUCCUUCCAUGGAUGGCCUUGAGCAGGCCAAGUUUAGGCGUAAGGUGUUGAAGCUGAGGAAGUCCUCUCAAAAUGCUAGCAUCCAGUUUUGCACAGCUGGAUGA